CCGAUCGAAAUACGAAGCGCGUACAAUUUUGUGGCAAUAUCAAAUUUCGUACCGGGAACCCAGAACCGCAGACGAAAACAGCGCCAAGCCGAGGACCUGCUCAAACCGAACGUCUGCAUACCAAUCGUCGGUUUUUUAUACGCGCGUCGGUGCACGCCCGCCUCUGUGUGAGUGGCCGCCUCAGUGUGCGCACUCUCGCGCGCGGGACGGACCAUUGUUGUGUGCAGUAGACUCGCGACCGGCGAACAUGUUCGUCCACUGUUACUAUACAACCUCAAAAACUGCCGGUAAACAAAAAUAAUGACCAGUGUACCACAUUACGUGCGCGAGUGCCAACAGUGUGUGAUAACCAAGUAGCGUGCGUGCAGUGAAGUGUUUUCAAACGUGUUUUGGAGUUUUGAAGCCAUGCUCGAUGUGUUUAGAUAUAACUCUGCAAGUCAAACGGAACGCCUCAACCUUAGAUUAAGUUCAACCUGACAAAAGUUAUCUGUGAUCUCAUAUUAGUUUUAAAAUAGACGUACAAUGGAUGAUAGGUAGUGCGAUGUGUUGAAAAUGCCUCAUGCGCACUCGAGUUCGGCCGCGAGCUCCGGGGGGGACGACCUGGGCUCCACGGACGAGGUGAAGGUGUUCAAGGACGAGGGGGACGGCGAGGACGAGAAGCGUAGCUCCGAGAACUUGCUGGAGGAGAAGUCCAGCCUCAUCGACUGGACUGAGAGCGAGGAAAAGUCAGGAGAGCCUUACUCGGGCAAAUUAUCGGUGAAGUCGGAUCUUAGUCCUGUCUUUGGUAAAUUCGACCCGCACCCAGCGGCCGGCUUCAACAUGGGAUACCUCAUGGCUCCUUACCCCUACCCCAACGGUGGGGCGCAUCCCCUGCCCGUCUCAAUGGCGGGCAAGAUGGGCCUACCAGCCGGUGGCAGUUUAUCCCUAUUCUGCCCAGGGGGCGACCUCGGACAGCCUCCCCCUGCCCAUAUGGGCAUUCCCCCACCUUAUCAGCUAGACUCCAAACUUGCGGCAGGGCUGGCGCGGACACCCAUGUACCCCUUCCCGGGGGGCACCUACCCCUACCCCAUGCUCAGUCCGGAAAUGUCACAAGUGGCGGCGUCGUGGCACACCCCUAGCAUGUAUCCCAUAUCCUCGGCGGCCAGCAGUUUUCGAAGUCCGUACCCCACGUCGCUGCCGAUCUCUACUUCUAGUCUAUCGAGUGAACUGUACCGGUUUUCGCCAACGCUGGGCGGCGGCCUAGGCCUCGGUCUGGGUCCCGCGCUGGUGCACCCGCCCCCCUCCAAGGCUGAUCUCGAGUCCCACCACGCGCGGUAUGCGAGGUCACUAGAAAAGAGCAGCAGCAGCAACGACAAGCCCAACGAGGGUACAGCCAGCAACAACAGCAAAGAGCAGAACAAGAAACCGCAUAUAAAGAAGCCCCUCAACGCGUUCAUGCUGUACAUGAAAGAAAUGCGGGCGAAGGUGGUAGCCGAGUGUACUUUGAAGGAAUCCGCUGCUAUCAAUCAGAUAUUGGGACGACGGUGGCAUUCGUUGAGUCGCGAAGAGCAAGCAAAGUACUAUGAGAAAGCGAGACAGGAGAGACAGCUCCAUAUGCAGCUGUACCCGGGUUGGAGCGCGAGGGACAACUACGGUUACGGUUCCAAAAAGAAAAAGCGGAAAAAGGACCGUAGUCCUGCUGAGUUGGGAGGAAAUAAUUUGAAGAAGUGCCGAGCGAGGUACGGCCUCGACCAACAGAACCAGUGGUGCAAACCUUGCAGGCGGAAGAAGAAAUGCGUGCGCUACAUGGAAGCGCUAGCGGCCGCGUCCGGGACGAUGGGGGUGGGAGGGCCGCCCGCGACCCCGCAGUCGCCGUGCUCCGAUGAGGACGUGAAGCUCGAGGAGCUGUCCGACGCGUCGGACGACGACGGCGACGCCGACACGCCGCUGUCGGCGUCCAGCCCGGGCGGGCUGUCGGCGCUGUCGUCGCUGGCCUCGCCCGCCUCCGACCCGCCUCCACCCCCCCGCAACCCCGUCGGUACCAACCCGCGCGACGCCAACAACCCGCUGUCGGUCGGCCAGCUCACCAGCCAGUCGUGGCCGCGCUCGGCGCAGGCGCGGCCCUCACACGAGGUCAUAUCCGUCUCAUAGUGCCAGUGUGGAACCGGCCCAACCCGGUACUCUGUCUUGACCUCCAGACGAUCGCCGCGGCGAGGUUAAAUUGACACGAGAGAUCCCUAAAGUUUUUAGUGAACGGUGGCGCCAUCUCGUAAUGAGAACUCGUAUCGUCGGCCCGGGCCAUCUAGCGGCCGCGCCGUAAAACGAGUCGUCGGUUGUGAUAACUAAACAAGUAGGUACCCCGUAUACUGAUCCUUCGAUGAACUUUUACCGUUCGCGGAUUUUUAUUGCGUAAACGAAUACCGGCAUUUUCGUGUGCUUUAUUUUUGAGAGGCCUAAUCACGUGCAUCUUUUUUACCAGAUGCUCGGUAUUCUUUUACGUCGAUUCCGUAUAUAAAUGUACCUAUACAAUUGACAUUUCAAAUUGACCUUGAGUUUAUGACUCGUUUAAUUAUAAUACGUCAUAUGUUGUCAUUUCCAUUUUUCAUAAAUUUAAAGUCGCUUUGAUCUCAAUUUGAGCCCCAAUCGAGUCAUUUAGCAUUUUGUAUGACGUCACCCACAGAUUUAUUUUUCAAAUUUCUUCUUCCAUACAAUUUUAGGGUUUUCAGAUCCCAUUGCUAAAUGUCACUUCUACAGCAUUCAAGUUAUUUGUUGUUAUUUUAAAACCCUAAUAUUGUCUCUAUCGCAACUAGUCACAUGUCAAAUGUGCCAUUUACACCUGUUUUUAAUUUUGGAUUUGAAUUAUAAAAAUGUGGGACAUAUCACUAAAGUACAUGGCAUGUUAAUCAUCAAUAAUUUUCGUUUCCUUACAUUUUGAUCUGUUGACAUGUAAACUGACUGCAUUGUAACUGUAUGACUAUUUUUCAAAAUAAACUAGGUUGAUUUUAACGCCAUCUAUAUCGCCAAUAACACUUUUUUUAUAAUGAUCAUAAAAAUCUAGACCGUUUUUAAGACUAAUGCAGCGGGCUUAAAUGUCACAGAUUGAAAACGCACAAUUAUUACCAUAACUUUUUAAUUCGCUUGUUCCGUUCAUUGUACUUAUUUAUAACAAUAUCCUUAAUUAUUAACUGAGAUUAAACAGUGAAAUAUAAAGUUAUGGUAGUAUUGGUAUGGAAAGUACUGCUAACACUGUCACAUACAUUGCUCUCUUAUGGACAUUUCAUUUAAACAUCUUAUUAACGGAUUCAACUCAAUAUUUACUUCAUACUUAUAUCUUACGUAUUAUUUCGUGUAUUUUUCUAAUUAUGUUUCAACUAAUUACUUGAUAUAGUGAAAAUCAAAUAGAAAAAUACGCCUGGGAAAUGUCAGAAAUGCAGGCAGGAGCCGCAAACCUUUUUUUAGGUUGUUUAAGUUAUUUCGAGUUGAAUUUUUUAAUUAAGUUUUUUCCUUAAUGUUUCAUCGGACGGCCUGCACCGAUAAGGUUCCAUGUAGCGUAGUUUUAUUAAGAUAUAGUUUUAAAAAGAGUAAUUUCCCUUUGUAUCAUGUUUUUGUAAAAAGUUAAAUGUAAGAUGACACAAAGGGAAAAGGAGUUUUUUUCCGUUGUGCGGAACAAGUUAGACUGUCGUAGGUUAGUUUAGGCACGUUGUAUGAGUGAAUUUGUAAAUCGGGAUUUGGAUCGAGUGCUCUUUAAUAUAAGGUCGCAUUUUCAAUGGAGUUUGAUUUUUUAAGUUGCAUGGAUUUUAAUUUAUCCUCAUUUUGACUUUUCUGGAAGAUAUAUCAAUCAUGCGUUACGAUCAUGAAAUUCGAUUUUGCAUGCAUUUAUUUGUUGAUAAGUCUCAUAAAAAAACGAGAUCUUGAUUUUCUAAUGUUUUUACUUUUAUUGUGAUGUGUUAAAGAGCAUUUAGGUACAAUUUAAACCACUGUAUAUGUGUAAGUACAUAUAUGAUGUAAAAAUAUAAAAUAUAGGUUUAAUAUAACUGUGUCAUAUUAGAAAUAAGUGUACUAUGCUACUUAUGUAUACAUUAUUACAAUAUAAAAAGUUUAAAGAAAAAUAUUAGCGGAAUACUGACUUGAAACAAAAAAUGUAUAAUGAAAAAUUUAACAGGAUAAAUUGUAAUUUUCAUAUUAUAAUUUUUACAUUACCUGGGAUUAUAUAAUAAAGAAACAGAGUGUAUAUGACUCAAGUUUGUAAAUAAAUUUGUAUUUCAUGAAUAUUAGAUUUUUUCGGUUAAAAAUAUUGCAUUUAUAUUAUUAUUAAAAUACCCUCGGAAUGUUCUCGGAUGGUUUGUUUUAUCCAACAGUUCUUUUUGUUAAUUACUUUUUAUUGUUAUUAUUAAGAUUUUUAACGUUGUUGACUGCAAAUCAAGCCGUAUUAAUGAGAAACACUUGAUUACACGACUUUUAAAACUAUUAUGAGCCCCGUUGAUUAAAACAGUUGACUACCUUGAUCAAUGAUUUAUAACUUUGACAAAAUCUUGAUCAUUUUAAGCAUUUUUAAGUUUUUUGACCCGCUAGCUUUGCAUAGGAAAUUAAUGUGCAAUACUGAACAUGGGUACUGUAUAAUAAAACUAAAUCUUUAAUAAGAUUUUUUUGUAAAUUUAUAUUUUAAGGUACUUUGAAUUUUACUAUUAUUGAAUUUAUUUUCGUUUCGCGCAAAAGUAUGAUUUGAUUUAUUUUUUGACGGUAUUAUAACGAAAGUGCCAAAACCAUCUAGAACUGAAUUUUGCCAGGGAAAUAAAAUGGAUUAUAAUAACUAUGUAAUUUACUCUAAUGUCUGUGCCAAAUUGAUAAUGAAACUGAACCGAUACUUACAUAAUAUGGAGUUUUGGAUAAAUAAGUCCUUGUACCGUAAUUUUAUUUUACUAUGGCAGCUUAACUUUUUUUAUAUAUCAUUUAAGCAUACUUUUAAACGUUUUUUGCAUGUGAUAACUCGUAAGUGGACAAUCAAUGAAAAAAGUACACAUGAAAUAAAUAUUUUUAGUUCAAUAUUUAAUGUAUUGUUGUUAAAAGUAGAUUCUGAAUGAUCUUUUUUAUUACUAGACAACGAAUUGCUGACAUGGACUUUUUUAUCCAAACCAUCAUACAAGUCAACCUACAUCGAUGUACAUUUUAGUAUUGUAUGAGGACGUAAAGCUCGAGGAGCUGUCCGACGCGUCGGACGACGACGGCGACGCCGACACGCCGCUGUCGGCGUCCAGCCCGGGCGGGCUGUCGGCAUUCAUUUCUAUGGAAUGGAAUGAAUUAGAGCCAUUUUUUUUAAUCCAUAAUUGUACAAAACAAACAAGUCAUUUUGAAAGCGUGGCAUGAUGUGAGUAAAGUCCGUCAGCUAAUUUUGCAUCACAGAACAAAUUGAGUUUCAUAUUUUAAUAUAAAUUUGACAUUAAUAUUGCCACACUUUGUCAUUGCUAAUGCCAUGCCACUAGCUUAGUCCGAAUCUAGCGAUCUAGACUCAUAUCUAUUGGUAUAUUUUUUGUCACUUCUAUUGGAAAUAUCAAGUAUCAAAUACUUUAAAUAAAAAUCGGGCGCAUACUUCACUGUAUUUUAGUACGUACAUUACUGACCAAUCAAUUUGAGCUUAAAUUUAAAUAAUUGCUGUUUAAAAUACUAAAAUCUGCAUCGAUUGGUAACUCCGAUACCUCGGUUAGAUAGGUGUUAUAGAUUGUUUUUAUUGUUAAGCGGAUAUUGUAAAGACGAAGACGCAAUAUUUUUUUUGUAGUUGUCAAAUAGAAGCAAGGUUAGGUCUGGCCCGUGUCUUGUGUUCAGUUGAACGAAUAUUAUUUUAAUAAACAACGUAAAAAUUGUA